AUGUACGCGUUCGGCAGGCUGUUGUGGCGCGCGCGGGCAGGCUCUCGCCGGACCGUCGCGGGCUGCCGCCCUCCGCCCGUCGACGCGGAUCAUGAUCUGGAGGAGAUUUUGGCGAACAACAAGCGGUGGGUCGCCGCGACGAACGCGGCGGACCCGACGUUCUUCCCGAAGUUGGCGGAGGGGCAAAGUCCUCAGUUCCUGUACGUCGGGUGCAGCGACUCGAGGCUCGUGCCGAACGACAUGCUGGGGCUCGGUCUGGGGAAUUUGUUCGUCCAUCGCAACGUCGCGAAUCUGGUCGUGGCGAGCGAUUUGAACUUUUUGAGCGUGUUGACGUAUGCUGUCGAACACUUGGACGUGAAACACGUAUUAGUGACCGGACACUACGACUGCGGCGGCGUCCGCGCGGCGAUGAAGAACCGCGGGCUCGGUGCGUCGUCCGAGUCUGUUUCACCUUCGUCCGCUAAAAAUGAAGUUGAACUUGAUGAACUCGAUGCGGUCGCACCGAUGGCGUCGACGCGGUGCCGCGCCGCCUCGACGCCGUCGACGCGGCCGUCGGAGAGUCUACCCGUCUCGGGGACAGUUUCGCGACUGCGUCGUUCCACGCAGGUCAUUAACUCAGAGCAGAAAAUAAACUUGAACUUGACGCCUGGUAGAUGGCGUCUUCGUGAGACCGCAGUGAUACGCCGUCGACCAACGCGGCCGUCAGAGAGUCUACGCGUCUCGCGAGAGAGCUGUGGCAGUUGCGCGACGCUGCUCGACGGGUCUGCUGGGUCGCGGCGGCGGCGUCGACCCGCGACCGCCAUCGCGAGGCCGAUACGCCAUCGUCCCAGAACUCCGACGCAGGCGUCUUGGACGGGUGGCUUACAAAUAUUCGGGACGUCUCUAGGCUCCACAAGGCCGAACUCGAGGCCAUCGACGAUUUCGAGCAGCGCCACCGGCGUCUUGUGGAAUUAAACGUCGUCGAGCAGUGUUUGAACGUGUACAAAACGGCAGUCGUCCAGAGGAAGCGCCUAGAAACGCACGGCGACCCCGACGUCGCGUUCGCGUACCCGCGCAUCCACGGCCUCGUCUUUGACCCGGCCGAGGGAAUCCUCAAGAAAUUACCGAUAGACUACACCGAGCAAAUCGCCGAGCUCGGGGCCAUCUAUGACCUUUUCGACUGGGACCAGGACCACUACAUGCUCCGCAAGGCGAGCCGCCUGCCCUCGCGACCGCCACGCGCGACCAAGGAAUAGUUUACAGAAUUCUCGGCGGCUCCCCUCUGAACAUAAGCAGAUCAAUACACACG